AUGUAUGGUCGCUACACGAAGGACCUGGGUGAGUACGCGAAGGAAGAGGCACGCAAGCUCAAGUAUCACGAGAAAGCGAGACGAAAAUAUGAUAAGACGAGGGUCGAGGAUCUGCGGAAGUCCAGGCGGGGUCCUCUGUGCCGGAAGUUGUUGGCCCUGCUGGCCUUCGCCUGGAAGCACACCGGCGCCCGGCUAGGCGAGGAUUGGAUCUUCCUUGCUCUCCUCGGUAUUAUUAUGGCGUUCAUCAGUUACGCCAUGGAUCGUGGCAUUUCUAUGUGCAAUAACGUAUUAAAGGAUAAUGCAAAGUAUUUGAUAUGGCACAUUAACGAUAAUCUCGUUUCACCAGCCAGGAUAUGGCUCUAUCAGGAUCUUACUACGCAUCCGGCCUUCAAGUACCUGGCCUGGGUAUCCAUGCCG